AUGGCACCAACAAAGCCUAAGAACAUUGUAAUCGUAGGGGGGUCGUUAGGUGGCCUUUUGACUGGCGUCGCAUUGAAGCGCCUUCGCAAAGACCUCAAUAUUCGCAUCUUUGAGCGUAAUCCGACACCUCUUCUCCAGGACCAAGGUGCUGGUGUAGUGGCUGGACAAGAUGUGCAGAAGUUCUUCAAAACGCACGACCGCAGCCAAACUACAUUGACAGUUCCAAGUCAUCAAAGGUUGUAUCUUGAUAAGGGUGGCAAGAUUAUAGACCGUCAUGACCAAGAGCAGCGUAUGACGAGCUGGGAUUUGCUGUACCACCUUCUGCGAACCAACUACGAUGGUAGCGAAACCGAUUACGCGAAGACGCCCACAGCGGAGGGAGGCGAAGGAAAGACAUCGUAUGAAUACGGAUGUACGGUAACCAGUGUUGUGGUGCCAAAUCAUUCGCCGUCGUCGCUACUAGACUCCUCAGAGCCCGUCAAGGUCACUGUCCAGCACAAAUCUGGGGAGACAUUCACAACAGACGCAGACCUUGUCGUCGCAGCCGAUGGACCCAGCUCCAAGAUACGUGCCGAAUACUUCCCCGAUGUGAAGCGGAAGUAUGCUGGAUACGUAGCAUGGCGCGGUACGGUACCCGAGACCGAGGUUUCUCAGGCUGCCACCGAUGUCUUCGUCGAGAGGUUUACGUUCUACCACACCGAGGGCAUACAGAUAUUAGCGUAUACCAUCCCAGGCAAGAAUGGGACGAUCAAGCCCGGCGAACGGCUGUUGAAUUGGGUUUGGUAUGUGAACUAUAAAGAAGAGUCACUGGAGCACAUUGAGCUCAUGACAGACAACGAGGGAAAGAGGCACCACAUUACACUACCUCCAGGUGGAAUCAAGGAGGAUGUAUGGAGACGACAAAAGAACCUAGCGAAUGAGAGUCUACCACCACAGUUCUCUGAGCUCGUCAACAAGACCAAGGUGCCGUUCAUACAAACCAUCACGGAUGUCAUCGCACCCUCUGCUUUGCUAGCAAACGGUAGAGUACUAUUGCUGGGUGAUGCGCUGGCAGGCUUUAGACCACACACAGCUGCGAGUACGAAUCAGGCCGCUCUUGACGCUAUGAAACUUGCUGGCGCUGUUGAAAAGAUCAUCGAAGGAGGGGGAUUGGAAGAGCUUCAAAAAUGGGAAGAAGAGGUGAUGGAAUAUGGCAAAAAGAUGCAAGGUCAUGGUGUGCAGAUGGGUAACCGGAGCCAGUUUGGCAAACAUCCGAUGCAAAGAUGA